AUGGAGAAGAGGCGCAGCAGUGCUGGAUCCUUCAGAAGGGCCUCCAUCAAGAGAACCACGUCUGGGUCUCAGAAGAUCCCCCUAAAGGUGAUCCUCCCCCCCUCUGAGAUCCCCCUAAAGGUGACCCCCCCCUCUGAGAUCCCCCUAAAGGUGAUCCCCCCCCCCUCUGAGAUCCCCCUAAAGGUGAUCCCCCCUUCUGAGAUCCCCCUAAAAGCGCACAAAGCUUGGAUUGAGAAGACGUUUCAGAAAAGAGAGUGCAUCCAAAUAUUUCCCAGCAAAGAACCAAACAGGUGCAGUUGUGGUCAGGUAGUGAACCAGCAUGUGGCCAUCAUCCCGGGGGCGACCACCAGGGCGGCAGAAGAGGCAGGUCAGAUCGCGCAGGUGGCGGUGCCCAUGGAACGCUGGUCCGUGCUUAAACACACACAGGCCACGCCCACAGACACAUACGGCAUCAUGGAGUUCCAGGGAGGAGGACAUGUCAACAAGGCCAUGUACAUCCGUGUGGCGUACGAUACCAAGCCAGACAACAUGCUCCACCUGAUGGUGAAAGACUGGCAGCUGGAGCUCCCUACCCUGCUCAUCUCCGUCCACGGGGGACUGCAGAACUUUGACUUGCAGCCCAAACUAAAACAGGUGUUUGGAAAGGGUCUGAUCCAGGCUGCAGUCACCACCGGAGCCUGGAUACUCACUGGUGGAGUCAGCACUGGGGUGAUCCGGCAUGUUGGAGAUGCGUUGAAGGACCACUCCUCAAAGUCCAGGGGGAAAGUAUGUGCCAUCGGGAUCGCUCCAUGGGGCAUCGUGGAGAACAAGGAGGAUCUGAUAGGAAGAGAUGUGACACGUCCGUACCAGGCCAUGUCCAACCCCAUGUCCAAGCUGUCUGUCCUCAACAACAGCCACUCCCACUUCAUCCUAGCAGAUAACGGGACCCGCGGAAAGUACGGCGCAGAGGUCCGCCUUCGCCGACAGCUGGAGAAACACAUCUCCCUGCAGAAGAUCAACACACGUCUGGGUCAGGGGGUGCCUCUGGUCUGUCUGAUCCUGGAGGGGGGUCCCAACGUCAUCUCCAUAGUCCUAGAGAGCCUGAGGGAGGACCCCCCUGUCCCGGUGGUGGUCUGUGACGGCAGUGGACGGGCCUCUGACAUCAUCUCCUUCGCACACAGAUACUCUGAGGACGACGGCUUGGUCAGUGAUAGCGUGAAGGACCAGCUCCUGGUCACCAUACAGAAGACGUUCAACUACAACCGCGGUCAGGCCCAGCAGAUCUUCCUCAUGGUGAUGGAAUGCAUGAAGAAGCGAUCUCUGGUGAGUAGGGAAGACAUUAUUAACACAGGCUAUGUUCCCAUAAACCACAUUAGCAUAACACUUAGAAUUAUCCUGUCCAAUGCAUUGCGUGUGUCAUAA